AUGUACAGGCUGAGCUUCAUUACAAGACAAUUGGCUUCUUUAACAACAGCGUCGCGACAAAUUCAGCAAACGAGAAAGAUGCAUAUCAAGGCGAUCAAAAUGAGAUGGUUGACCGGAGGUGUCAACUACAGCUAUUUGCUGUCGACACAGGACAAGACUAAGUCGUGGUUGAUCGACCCAGCUGAGGCUUUGGAGGUAUUUUCGGCAUUGAAAACAGAAGAAUUGACCAGCGUCGAUGCGGUGGUCAACACACACCACCAUUACGACCAUUCUGGAGGCAAUGGGGCGAUGGUCAGCAGACUUACUGAAAUCAAGGGCAGUGACGUUCAAGUCAUUUGCGGGAGUCACAAUUCGCCAGGGGCCACUCAAAUUCCAAAACACCUGCAAGAGUACACACUGGGGGACCUGAAGAUCCGGUGCAUUCGCACGCCCUGCCACACGCAGGACUCGGUGUGUUACUAUGUGCGCGACCCAAACACGGGCGAAAAGGCCAUCUUUACGGGUGACACGCUGUUCAUAGCGGGUUGUGGCCGUUUUUUCGAGGGUACCGGUGAGGAAAUGGAUGUUGCUUUGAACAGAAGAAUUUUGGACGGCGUGGGAGAGGCCAAUUGGAGCUCCACCAAGGUGUACCCCGGUCACGAGUACACCAAGAGCAACGUCAAGUUUGUGCGCGACGCGGUCUACAAGAAAGUGGGCGACAACUCGGCACUCGAUAUGCUGGAAAACUACUGUAAGAAGAACGAAGUCACAACCGGCGUUUUCACGCUGCGAGACGAGCUAGAGUACAACCCGUUCAUGCGUCUGGACGAUCCAACCGUAAGAGACGCCGUGAACGAUGCCCAGGGCUCGUGUACCAGAGCCCAAGUUACGGAUCGUCUGCGUGAGCUGAAGAACAAAAUGUAG